GUGAGACCCGACUGUGAUGUAAAGCUGCAAGAACAUGCCGCUGUGUCAUUUGGAAGCUUUCAGAUCAUCAGGAAAAUGACUGUGAAUACAGAAAUGUGUAAUUAUGAAGUUGGGGUCGCUGGUCACAGGGGCCCUUCCCCCCUUCUCGAUGCCUGUCACAGAGCAGCCGUGCUGGGCUUCAUCUGAAGGGAUGCACCAUGGUGUGAUCACACGUCUGUCCUACCCCAGACUCAAUGAAUCGCACGAAUGAAUGGACAUUACUGUGGCAAAGGGAAUUAGCUUGCUUGCAUAGGGACUUUGGAUUUGGGAAUACUGGAACCGGUCGGAGAGCGUUGGAUUUGUUUUUGAAGAAGUGCAGCGGAUACUUCAAGGAGUGUUUUUGGAAGAUGUCCGAGAAGGGAGCUGAGGCGUCUACAUCCCCAAAGCGGAAGCAGGUGAUUCAUGGUCUGGAAGAUCAGAAAAAGAUCUACACGGACUGGGCGAAUCACUACUUGGCCAAAUCGGGACACAAGCGGCUGAUUAAAGACCUGCAGCAGGACGUGAGCGACGGCGUGCUGCUGGCUGAGAUCAUCCAGGUCAUCGCAAAUGAGAAGAUUGAGGACAUUAAUGGAUGCCCUAAGAGUCGUUCUCAAAUGAUUGAGAACAUUGGUGUCUGUCUGAGCUUCCUAGCAGCCAAAGGUGUGAACAUACAGGGACUUUCAGCUGAAGAGAUCCGGAAUGGAAAUCUGAAAGCCAUCUUGGGGCUUUUCUUUAGCCUGUCUCGAUACAAGCAGCAGCAACAGCAGCAACAGCCGCAGACGAACAGACAUAUACACACGCAACACACACAUUCACACGCUCCCUUAAGCCAGCAGAGCAGCGCUCCGGCCCAGCUGACCUCCACCUCGCAUGGGACGCACACACACAAAUCACAGCCAGAGAUGCAGUCCAGAUUACCUGGCCCCACCUCGAGGAUGUCCACUGCGGGCAGUGAGAGUUCUCCUCGAGGGUCCAUCAGUUCAGCAGGGAAUCGCCGCAGUCAGGUGUUCAGUGAUAAAGCCAAACCUGCAGCAGCUCAGGCCAAAGAAUCAUCAGAGUGUGUCACCUCACACGGCGUGACUGAGCACACUCUGUCAUCCCUGGCAUCCGCCUGCACCUCUGUUAACACCAGCACUGUGGCAUCUUCAUCUUCAUCUUCAUCGUCAGCCAUCCCCCAGCCCAACUCGAGUAGCAAACCCUGGAGAAGCAAAUCUCAGAGCACCAAGCACACUGCUACCUCCACCGCUCCCUCCACGGUGGUUUCCAUCAAACCAGAUCCCCAAGCCAAGCAGCCCGUGCCUGUAGAGCCACCACCAAAAGCUGUGCCUCAGAAGUCCAUGCUGGAAAAACUAAAACUUUUCAACAGCAAAGGUGGCUCCAAGUCAUCCACGCCAGCAGAGGGCGCCGUUACGCCAGCAGGAGGAAAAGAUGCCGGUUUGGUUUUAGAAAGAGUCGGGGCUGGUUCCAAUACAGAACCCAUUGAGGAAAUGGAUGGUAACGUCAGACCCACGAAUGGAUCGAGUGCUAUUACCAUGACAACCAGCAGCCCAAAGAUUGCGUUAAAGGGCAUUGCACAGCGGACACUUAGCCGGGCGCUCAUGGCGAAAAAAGCCUCAACUAAAUCCGUAGAGAAAGAAAAGGAAAAAGAACGAGCUAAGGAGAAAGACAAAAACGGGAAAGAGGGCUCAAAGCGUGUCCCUGCCUCGGAAAAGGUAGAGAACAAAGAGGAAGUUAAGGAGGAAGUUGUUCCCUCAAGCAAGGCUGCUCCCUCCGAGGCAGAGCCCAGGAAAGCCUCCAAGAUCGCCAGUUUUAUACCCAAAGGCGGCAAGGUGGGAGGUACCAAGAAAGAUAGCUCCGCCCCUGUGCAAAGUGGAAUUCCAAAACCAGGAAGUAAAAACUCAGGAAAUGGAGCAGUAAAGAGUUCAGCGUUGCCCCUCGGUGGUAAAGACAAUGAGAGACCCCGCAGUAUGCGUCUGGGAGAGGGUCUGGGACUUCAUAGGGACAGCCGGCAUUCCUCGUCCUCUUCCAGCCUGGCUUCCACUGAGGGGAAAGGACACCACAGCGCCGCCCCGUUGGCCAAUGGAACACAUUCUACAGCCAGCAACACAGUCAGUGUGCAGCUGCCUCAACCCCAGCAGCAGUACAGCCACCCCAACACAGCCACCGUAGCACCCUUCAUGUACAGGUCUCAGAAUGAGGCAGAUGGAAACAUUGGCACAAACCCAAGCUCUGGAUGUUGUAGUAAUGACUCCAGUAGCUUCAGUAAGAUCAACCAGUCUUCUACUGAGGACCUGUCAGGUGAAGAUCCAGAGACCAGACGACUGAGAACUGUGAAAAAUAUUGCUGACCUGCGGCAGAAUUUAGAGGAGACCAUGUCAAGUUUGCGGGGGACACAGAUCACACACAGUACACUGGAGACCACUUUUGAUGGUGGUGUUACUACUGAAAUGAGCAGUCGCAGCAUCCUCAGCAUGGCAUCUCGACCCACGCCGCUGUCCUGGGCCAGUCGCAUGGGCCAAUCCAGCCCCCGUCUACAAGCAGGAGAUGCUCCCUCUGUUGGUAACGGCUAUCAGUCCCGCAGCGGAGGUGUGUCGUCCGGCCAGGGCCGGUAUCUGUAUCAGGCUCCUCUACGGAAGCAGCUGGCAGCACGCGGCAGCGCCCUCUGUGGUCUGGAGCUGGGAGACAGGGCGGAGGAUCUGGAGCUGGCAGGUGUGGGGCUGGAACUGAGCGGCUACAUGAGUGAUGGAGACGUGCUGGCUAAGAACGCACGCACUGAUGAGCUGACCAGCGGGUACAUGACGGAUGGGGGAUUGAGUCUGUAUACGCGGCGAUUGAACCGGAUGCCGGAUGGAAUGGCAAUGGUACGGGAAAGUCUGCAGCGUAAUGCCUCCACUGGCCAGGGAGACGCCGACAGUUGGGAUGACAGUAGUUCCGUCAGCAGUGGGAUCAGUGAUGCUAUUGAUACUGAUGACAUCAACACCAGCUCCUCCAUAAGCUCUUACACCAACACCCCCGCCGCGUCCCGUAAGGGCCUGAACGGACAGCCUCAGACAGAUGCAGAGAAGCAUUCAGCAGCUGAACACAACACUGCUUGGUCCAGUGAUGAAGUUAAGAAGUCAGACGGGGGUUUGGAUUGCGGCAUCAAAAUGGAAGCAGGUCUGAAGUGGCGGCGGAACCCUUCAGAUGCUUCGGAGGAGUCUGAUAAGAGCAGCUCUGGACGGAAAACAGCACCCAUCACUCAGACGGGCUCCUGGAGGAGGGGCAUGAGCGCACAGGUGGGCGUGACAGCACCGCGGACGAAAAGUACAACAGUAACCACGGCAACCGGCAUGAUUAAGACACAAGGGACAGGUAAAACAGAUGAUGCUAAGGUCUCCGAAAAAGGCCGCAUGUCUCCCAGUUCCAACAUCGUCCAGCAUUCCUCCUCCGACGCCGGUCGAAGCAGCGGAGACGAAGCCAAGAAAACACCCGCAGGCCGAGUCCCCACAAGCACAUUUGGUUUCAAGAAGCCCAACGGCGUCCACGGCCCGGCCACUGUGGUAACCACCUCCAGCAUCACUCUGGUGACAGCAAGCGGCGCCACCAUUACCAGCGGCUCCGCCACCCUGGGCAAGAUUCCCAAGUCCUCUGCCCUUCUGGCCGGUGGGAGAGGGUCAUUAAAAGGGGCUGUGGAUGGUUUAUUGCCUCCUCAGGAGGAUGGCUACCUGUCCCCCAGUGCUCGUUCAACACUGCAAUACCGAAGUCUACCUCGACCCUCUCGUUCCGGAGCCGCGGCCCGCAAUGGAAACCGAUCGUCCACUAGCAGCAUUGAGUCAAGCUUGAGUUCCCGAACACCUGUCCUUACUGCUGUCACGGCCAGCAAACCGAGAGAUUCUGCCACUAAAACCAACGGGCACAUAAUCCAAGCCAAUCAGACGGACAAAGAGAAGAACGUGGCAUCAGAGAUGGACAACCUGAGAACCAAUCCGAUUGUUUCGGGAGGAGGGGCGGCAACUAUUCCACAGACAGUGAGACAGGGAAACAAGUAUAGUGAGGUCUCAUCUCCAACAUUGCGAAGGGUGGCUCGCGUUUCCCUCUGCGCUGCUCGUGUUAUUGAUGAGCAAAGUAAAACAGAUGACGCUAAGGUCUCCGAAAAAGGCCGCAUGUCUCCCAGUUCCAACAUCGUCCAGCAUUCCUCCUCCGACGCCGGUCGAAGCAGCGGAGACGAAGCCAAGAAAACACCCGCAGGCCGAGUCCCCACAAGCACAUUUGGUUUCAAGAAGCCCAACGGCGUCCACGGCCCGGCCACUGUGGUAACCACCUCCAGCAUCACUCUGGUGACAGCAAGCGGCGCCACCAUUACCAGCGGCUCCGCCACCCUGGGCAAGAUUCCCAAGUCCUCUGCCCUUCUGGCCGGUGGGAGAGGGUCAUUAAAAGGGGCUGUGGAUGGUUUAUUGCCUCCUCAGGAGGAUGGCUACCUGUCCCCCAGUGCUCGUUCAACACUGCAAUACCGAAGUCUACCUCGACCCUCUCGUUCCGGAGCCGCGGCCCGCAAUGGAAACCGAUCGUCCACUAGCAGCAUUGAGUCAAGCUUGAGUUCCCGAACACCUGUCCUUACUGCUGUCACGGCCAGCAAACCGAGAGAUUCUGCCACUAAAACCAACGGGCACAUAAUCCAAGCCAAUCAGACGGACAAAGAGAAGAACGUGGCAUCAGAGAUGGACAACCUGAGAACCAAUCCGAUUGUUUCGGGAGGAGGGGCGGCAACUAUUCCACAGACAGUGAGACAGGGAAACAAGUAUAGUGAGGUCUCAUCUCCAACAUUGCGAAGACUUUUUGGAGGUAAGGCUGCUAAACAAGCCCCGGUCACCACUGCAGAGAGCAUGAAAAACUCAGUCGUCAUUUCCAACCCCCACGCUACCCUUGGGCACACCCAGUCCUCCGGUGGGCCCUUGGACUCCCCCUCCACAAUACCAGGCAGCGGCAGCAGCAGUCCUCUGUACGGGGGUCGCGGUGCCAGCAUAGGGGGCAGCGAACAAGCUUCGAGCCCUGGUUCGGUGUACUCAACGGGCACUGGGACUUGGGGCACCACCAUCAGCAGCUCUUCGGCUCUCGGCUACCCCUCCGUCAGCAGCAUGCACACCAGCAGCGAGUCCAUCGACAUGUCAGUGGGCAGCGGGCAUCACCGUGACGAUGUUCACCCGGUACUGAUGAGAAUGAGUAGUGCUAAGACAGGCAUGUCAGAGAGUCCCCUCUCCUCUCCCUCUGCGAGUCCUAAAUUCAGCCGUAACACAUUGCCACGGAAUCAAGACAGGUAUGCCCCUUCACCACAGCUGCGUCAGGAAGAGGCACGUGAUUGGCUGCGUUUACAUUCGGCUGGUGGUUUGCAGGACUCAGCCAGUAACUCUCCCUUCUCCACCGGCUCCAGCUUGACGUCACCAUCCGGAACGCGAUUUAACUUUGCUCAACUUGGAAGCCCCACCACAGGUGCUCAGAUUAAUCUGGCCAGCCUGCGCAACAACAGCCUGACCAAUCAGGACAACCCGCUGGACAGCCAUGGUGAUUCCCGUCUGCGCAACUCCUGCAUGUCGCUGGACGAGAAGACGCGCACCAUGAGCCGGUCGGGAUCCUUCAGGGACGGGUUCGAGGAAGAUUUACUGAAGUAUAAAGAGUGGAAAAUCAUGAUGAUGGCGACUCUCUCUAUGGGGAGAGCUGUGACUUCUUGGGGAUACACGACGGAGGAGAAAUCACAGUCAGAGAUCCGCAAGCUGCGUCGAGAACUGGACACCUCCCAGGAAAAGGUGUCCGCCCUGACAACGCAACUCAGUGCUAAUGCCCACCUUGUGGCAGCGUUUGAGCAGAGUUUGGGCAACAUGACCAUCCGACUGAAGAGCAUCACCAUGACCGCAGAACAGAAGGAUUCUGAGCUGAAUGAGUUGAGGAAAACCAUUGAGCUGCUAAAGAAGCAAAACGCAGUGGCUCAAGCAGCCAUCAACGGCGUCAUCAAUACUCCAGAACUCACCUGCAAGAGUGAACGCACAGGUAAUAAUGGAGCGCAGCCGGACCUGCGCAUGCGCAGACAGCACUCAUCUGACAGCGUCUCCAGCAUCACCAGCGCCACCAGCCACUCCAGCCUGGGCUCCAACAUGGACAACACCGACUCCAACAGUAAGAAGAAGAAGAAGAACUGGCUGGUGACCUGUGCUGGAGUUGACGUGUCAGAUGAUGAAUAUGAAUAUGAAUACGUGUAUGAGCUGCGGAGCUCCUUCAAACAGGCCUUCAGUAAGAAGAAAUCACCUAAAUCAGCCUCGUCCCACUCAGACAUUGAGGAGAUGACGGAUUCCUCUCUCCCUUCCUCUCCCAAACUCCCUCACAACGGCACCAGCACCUCGGCGCUGCUGCUCCGCAACACUGACUGCAGGACUCGAGACUACCUGAUUGGCUGCAUUGGUGUCAGUGGAAAAACCAAGUGGGAUGUUCUGGAUGGAGUUGUACGGCGCUUGUUUAAGGAGUACAUCAGGCAUGUUGAUCCGGUCAGUCAUCUGGGUCUGGGUUCAGACACUGUGGAGGGUUAUCGUAUUGGAGACGUGAUCCGGUCCAGCGGAGCACACACACCUGAACUCCUGCCUUGUGGAUACCUCGUGGGAGAGAAUGACACAAUCAACAUCUCGCUGAAAGGUGUGAACUCUCAGUCCGAGGAUUCUCUGGUCUUCGAGACAUUGAUUCCCAAACCCAUGCUCCAGCGUUACGUGUCUUUGCUCCAGGAACAUCGCAGGAUCAUCCUUUCAGGCCCUAGCGGUACUGGAAAAUCCUACCUGGCCCACAGACUGGCAGAGCAUGUGGCGCUGCGAGAGGGAAAACUGCCCGGUGAGAGCAACAUCGUCACCUUCAAUGUCGACCAUAAAUCCAGCAAGGAGUUGCGUCAGUACUUAUCAAAUAUAGUGGAGCAGUGCAGCACUGAUGGGCAGGAGACUGAAGCCCCUCUUGUGCUCAUUCUGGACAACCUUCAUCACGUCAGCUCACUGGGAGAGAUCUUCAACGGCCUGCUUAACUGCAAAUACCAGCGCUGCCCAUAUAUAAUCGGCACGAUGAGUCAGGCGACAUCUUCUGCUCCAAACCUGCAGCUUCAUCAUAACUUCAGAUGGGUGCUGUGUGCUAAUCACAUGGAGCCGGUAAAAGGUUUCCUGUGCCGGUUUCUGAGGAGGAAGCUGAUCGAGACAGAGAUCGGCAGCCGAACACGUUACCCGGAGCUGGUGAAGAUCAUAGACUGGAUCCCUCAGGUCUGGCACCACCUCAACCGCUUCCUGGAGGCCCACAGCUCCUCUGAUGUGACCAUUGGUCCACGUUUGUUCCUGUCAUGUCCGAUGGAUGUGGACGGUUCUCGUGUUUGGUUCACUGACCUGUGGAAUUAUUCCAUCAUCCCCUACAUGCUGGAGGCUGUGAGAGAAGGCUUACAGCUAUACGGUCGCAGAGCUGCAUGGGAGGAUCCUGCGCUGUGGGUUCUGGAAACUUUUCCAUGGGCAGCUUCUCAUCAACACCCUGAUUGGCCAGCUUUGCUGCAGCUCCGCCCAGAGGACGUGGGCUUUGAUGGAUACUCUGCCUCCAGAGAGGGCCUUAACAAACAGAGUACUCAGAGUGACAGUGAUGCCGACCCACUGAUGAACAUGCUCCUGCGUCUAAAAGAGGCGGCCAGCUGCUCCAGCCCGCAGAGCUACGACAGCGACUCCAAUAGCAACAGUCACCAUGACGAUAUCCUGGACUCUUCGCUGGAGUCCACACUAUGAUCCAGCCUGAUCCGUUCUGCCAUUUAAUUCCUCGACUCUAAUGCCAGUCAUUACAUCACAUCUACGGGUGCAGGUAACCCAAAUAAAGAAUGAUGCUUCACAUAUAAAAAGAGAUAUAUAAAAAUAUAUAUAAAUAUAUAUAUACGCCAAAACUCAACGGUACUUAUAGCUGCCUCAUUUAAAUCAUCAGUGUGAUUUGUAAACAAAUUAUACAACAAAAUCAGAAGAAAGUGCUUUGUCCCAAUUUUUACCUCAAAAGUAAAAGUGCGGUCACGUUAGCCAAAUUUUAUGGACAAAAAAUUUUCAUUAUCUAUCGUCAAUAAUGUAGUGAUGUAUGAAACACAGCUCACACAAUUCACUUUCACACCAAACGGUGAAUCCGUGUGACCAACCUGAAUCCACUGCAAAAUCUGCGUGGAUACAUUUUUCGCCCUCACACGAAAUUCCCGAUUUCAUGGAUUCCUGUUGAAAUGACUGGAUCAUUUCACCUACAGAAAUUCGCAGAACUUCUGUAAAUGUGAUCGCACCGUAACUGUCGCAGAAACUUUUGCAAACAAUGCAAUGCUCGUUUGUCUUACCCUCUACUGGUGAAACGGAGGAGUUACAUCUUGGAUCUGAGACUACCAUCUUGGCGUCAGCAUCUCCUUCCUCAUUGACUUUCCCUGUAUUGAUGGACUUGCUUUUCAAAACCAGCUUGAUCGAAUGCUGACCAUCGUUUCAUGUUUUACAUGGUAAGGAUACAGAUGAAAUAGCAUGGUGCUACACUUAUGAUUUUGGAUUUAUUUAUUGUGACGAUUGGAAAAAAAUACCUCGUGCUUUUGUUUUGCCCUUCUGCAUUUUUUGUUAAACCACCCGUUCCUUAACUGCUGACCGCAUGUUUCAGUGUUCUACUGUAGCACAAAGCCUAUCUAUCUAUUUUUUACACUCGAUCGCGCUUGGCUUUUGGUGCUGAAUGGAAUCUGGUGCCUUACUCCAUUUUGUAAAGAAAAAAACGGCACUAUGUUUUAUACUUCCGAAAAAUGCAGAUUUUAUAACAGUUCGUAAUUGAACUACAGGGCUCUGCACUAGUCCUUUUAAAUUUGCCUAAAAUAAACAGCCUCACAGUCAUCAUAUCAUAUCAGAGGUACUAUAUGUGUGGUUUAGAUAAGAGGAGGUGGAUAAAGGGAGCGACUGUAACCUCCAUCUGUUUUGAAAUUCACAUUUUUUUCAAGCGAAGUUGUGACACAGUUAAAGGGACGUUUUACACACUCGAUCCUCAUUAUACGUGAAAUACAUAUGAUCACUACUGGCACAGUUCAUCUUGAGUGGGUCAGCUGCAAGGCUUUGCUUGGUGCUUAAAGACCGUCUCAACACAUCUUGGCAAAAGCACAGUGAGAAAUUGUUCAUAAUUUGGUGCAUGAGUAAACCUCAUUGACCAUUUGGGCCUUUUUCAUGUACAUUCAUGUAUCUUGCAGUCAAUGUGAAAGUUUAAGAAACGUCCACAUAGUCAUUGGAUCAAUAAUAUACUGUAUUUGCUGCUUUGUAAUGCAAGGAUGCUUCUGGAGGAUUUGUACAUAUACUUUUAUCUUGGAUUCUCUAUAAAGGAAUAUUAUUUGGAUGGAUAGUGAGUUUCACUGCAUGGGAAAGCAUAAUAUAUGGGGCUAUUCAGUGUUUUCUCCUUCUUUACAUUGUCGAAUGCUGUUUGUAUGGCACUGCAGGGUUUUAGUUACACCAUUGCUUUUAUUUCACUCCAGUGGGAUUCCUGUCAGUCAUCGCUCCUAUGCAAAAUCAUCGUGGAUUUCAAAUGGAAGCCAAAUAUCGUAGCUCUGUAAUGCUGUCAGCACUGCCAAUAAGUUGUGUGCACACUGUGUAUAUAAUUUGUGAAGAAUUUUAGGAUAUGUGCCUAAUAUUCAUUUUCUUUGAUGGAUUAUGAUGAUGAAGUCAUUUUAAGCACAAAUGCUGUAUGUGAUUGUUGUAACUGAAAUGGGAGGGCUAUAAUUUGAUUUCAUGUCACUGAAUGUGUAUGUCGUUUCUGGCUGUAAUAUAUCCAUGUAAAUAUUUGACUACCCUGCCGGCUGCAUUUUGAUGAAUAAUCUUUUUCUAGCCAUUUAUAACAGUGCUUGGAAAUAUGGAAUAUUUUGUGUACAGUGUCUUUUUCAUCUUAACAGUCCCACGGAUGGUCUGAGAAACACAGACGACCCAUAAAGACUUACUGAUCACAUCACCAGUUUUAAAUUAUUUGUAAUUCA